AAGCAGAAGAAGAAGAAGAGUUCUGGUAGUUGUAGUAAAACGACAAAGAAGAAGACCAACAUGGCGUCCGUGAGCAGUGACGAGUGGAGAGCUGUCUGUGAUAAAUUCACCAACGCCCAGAAUUUAACGGUUGUAGAAUCACGAAAUGACCCUGAAAAUGACCCUUUCCGCUCCCAAUACAAGGCCAGGGAGCUCCUCAGGGAGAUAUACUGCUCGCUUAAGAGUUUUGAGGCCGGCGAAGGUGAGGAGGAACGCGGCGGUGAAAGCGGCGACCAGCGGCCGAUAGAGCCGCCGGUUGACGGGCAGACGGAGGAAGGGUUCGGUCAGGGCUUCAGCGGCGACUCGCCAGCCGGGCUGCGGGCCGCUAAACUCGGGGCUGUUGAGUACUAUCUGGGCGUCAACCAUGUUGACACGGAGGAGCUGUCAGCCGGGCAGGAGCAUCUCAUGAACUGCAUGAAACUGCUAGAGAGAUGCAGAGUGUCGUCGGAGAAUGUGUCGCUGUUUAUCCAUGUCAGGAACCAGCUGGGUAUCCUGUGGGCAGGCCGGGAUGAGACGGAGACCGCUCAGGGAUUCCUUGAAACAGCAGAAUCCAUGUACCAACGUUAUAUGAAGGAGGACGGGAGUCCACCGACUGAUAUGACCGAGUACUUCACUACUGAGGAGAACCUGCUGACGCAUCAGGAAAGGACCAAGAGGUUUGAGUUGGCCUACACCCAUACCAUGUACUACCUUGCUCAAGUCUAUAAAAACCUUGGUGAAACUGAGCGUGCUGCCACCUACUGCCACACCACCCUGCAGAGACAGUUACAGUUAAAUCAGUUCAGUCCAAUGGAGUGGGCUCUGAACGCUGCUACACUAUCACAGUAUUACAUCACUAAGGGCCGAUACAUGGAAGGCAGACAUUGCCUGUCAGCAGCUACGGUCAUAUCAGGUUUGGCAGGAGAUGUUCCCUCUGAGGCCGCAGCACAGGAGAGCGAGACAGAGAGUGAGCGCAGGGAGCAGCUCAGGCAGAAGAGAGCAGAGAUUGCGAGAUGUUGGAUCAAAUACUGUCUCAACGUCCUUCAGGACUCUAAGAAGCUGCUUGAGGACAGCAUUGGGGAGCUGGAUACUGAUCGUCAAGAAGAGUUGAAUAGUGCGAGGAGACUUGAGGAGGAGGAGGAAGAGAAGGGCAGGAAGAGCGCUUUGCUGUUUGGCUCUGAAGACACCUUCGACUCCAUUGCUAGCCUGGAAGAGAAGGUGCGCUGUUUGUUACCAUUGGACUUUACUGAUGCCAGAGCCGUAUUUCUGGUUGGACAGAAUUAUGUCACACAGGCCAAGGAGUACUUUCAGAUGGACGGCUAUGUGACGGACCACAUAGAGAUCUUGCAGGAUCACAGUGCUCUGUUUCGGGCCCUGGCUUUCUUUGAAGAGGAUCUGGAGCGGCGCUGCAAAAUGCACAAACGCAGAGUUGACAUGCUCGAGCCAGUCUGCAAUGAUUUGAACUCCCAGUACUAUCUAAUGAUCCGCAGACAGAUGAUGUUUGAGUUGGCUGAGAUCUACAAUGAAAUGAUGGACCUGAAACUGGCACUGGCCAACAAACAAUCUGAUACACUAGAUAACCACACCAUUAAGAAAUUCAACCAUCUCUGCUCUGCCUCUGCCAAAUACUUCCAGAUGUUCCUAGACUCUCUGUGCUCUCCAGACGGGAAGCAACCGGAGCACCUGGAGGAGGAGGUGCUCAGACCGGCUCUGGUGGCCCGCUUCAGAGUGGCCCGACUCCACAGUCGGCUGAUCAGCUCUUCACCCUCUGCUCAAGUGGACAAUCUUGACCGGUCUCUGGAACACUACAAAUACGUGGUGCAGUACUGUGAUUCCCACCCUGAGGCUGCAGCCACUGUGGAGACAGAGCUGGAGCUGAGUAGGGAGAUGGUCGGCCUGCUCCCUCUCAAAGUCAAUCGCCUCAAAGCAAAGAUGACUCUUAACAACUGAAGGACACCAUCACUGUUCACUGACUGACUUGUUGCUCGACUAAUAUUGUUACAUCCAACCAAAUGAUCCAGUCAAUCUAAACGUACCACCUUACAGUGGACACUCCCAACAAUUAGAGAAACUGGAUGACAGCGUGACGGACUUUCUUGCUUAUUUGUAUCUGUGAUCGCCUCUUUUUUUGUGCAGUGGGCAUGCUGCGUUCACAAGACCUUUGAACCCAUUACACACUGUACAUAUGUGCUCUCCUCUGUGAAGUCAAAUGUGUGGUCAAUUUACAUUUAAUUCAAAUCGCACAGUAAAUAUACUCUUUUUAAAAUCAAUAUCAAAAUGUCUUUCUCAAAAAUACUAAGAAAUAAUUGAGAGUGGUUGAAGAUAUCUUUUCAGCACUUUGAAUUGAAUGUGAAAUGACCUGUUUCUCUGCUUUCUUCUCAACCAGAGUGUUGUGAGGAAGUCUUUGUAGGUGUAUCGCUGAAAUAUCAGACGCUCCCUUUGCAAGAAAAAAUUAAAAAAAGCUGCUUGGACUCAGACGAAACUCCCCUGAACAACCGUGUGGCUGAUAUGUACUUGACAUAUUGUUAUUUUAUUUUAUUUUACUGUGACCCAAGUCUGAUUCAUACUUGUUUUCAAUUUUUUAAUCAUAUUGGUUUUUUUAUUGAACGUGGCUCUAUUUUGUGUAAAGCACUUUAGCACAUUAAAAUUCUGUUUCUUCUGCUACUUUAUGUCUCUGAGGGUAAAACCAAUGUUAACGCCUACUGGAACCAUGGUCAUAACACAUGGCAGACAUAGGUCCAGAUAGUUGAAACAGAUUGUACUACUGACAGGUUGUUGUUGCGCCUUAAAACUGAGAUGAUCUGAACGGUCAGAAACAACAGUUCCAGUGAGAGUCAUUUAGUGGACUUAAUGUUGGUUUAUGAGAUAUAAUAAUCUGCAUGAUGCCAGCUUCAUCCAGUGGAACCUGUGUCUAUGCUCCCCGUCGCUGAGGAAUCACAAUGUCAUCCUGUUUUAUGUACAGAUACUGUAUGUGAUGAUAAUAAACCAAUGAAGUAAUACA